AUGAAGCUUAUAUUAUUUUUCGGUUUGCUAGCCUUAAGUUUUACCAGCCUGGCUCAAGCUAGUAAGUUAGUCGUCGCACACUUCAUCGUCGGUAAUACAUACCCAUAUACGGUGGACAAUUGGAAAGAGGACAUUAAAGAUGCUGUCGCAACUGGAGUUGAUGGUUUCGCUUUGAACUUUGGUGCUGAUGCUUGGCAAGUUGAGCGUAUCAGUGAUGCCUACGAAGCAGCUGCUAGUGUAUCUACUGAUUUUAAAUUGUUUCUAUCCUUUGAUAUGACAGCUAUGUCUGCAGAUGCGGAUUUCAUUGAAGGAUUAAUAAGAAGAUUUGCUGACAAACCCAAUCAAUUAAGGUGGGAUAAUAAAAUCUUUGUAUCAACCUUUUCUGGUGAAACCGAUAAUUUCGGACGCUCUGAUGUUAGUUCUGGAUGGAAUUCAGCCGUAAAAGAGCCACUAGAAUCCGCUGGAUGUCCAAUCUUUUUUGCUCCUAGUUGGACUGCUUUGGGAGGAGGAGCUUUACAACAAAGUGUAACUGAUGGCUUUGUUUCCUGGAACACAUGGCCCACAAGUUCCGCUGAUAUGAAUGCUAAUGAUGACUAUUACUAUAAACAAUUAGCAAACUCUCUGGGUAAAAUUUACGUUGCACCUCUUUCACCUUGGUUUUUUACCCAUUUACAGUAUAAAAAUUGGGCUUACAAAAGUGAUUGGCUUUAUCUGGAUCGCUUGCAACAAAUGUUAGAUGUCCAACCUGAUAUGAUUGAGAUUUUGACCUGGAAUGACUUUGGUGAGUCUCAUUAUAUCGGUAAAAUCCAGGGUGCUUUACCUUCUGGAUCCGAUGACUAUGUUAAUGGUUUCGAUCACGCGGCUUGGCGUUACAUGAUAGCCCCAUACAUUGCUGCUUUUAAGAAUGGAGCCUCUAAACCUUAUAUUAAUUUUGAAUCCCUCUUUUACUGGUACAGGCCAACCUCUAAAUACAGUGUUCCUACUGAUGAUAGUAUUGGAUAUCCUUCCGGUGGUGAUUAUAAUGAAGAUUUAAUUUAUGCCGCUGUUUAUCUGUUGCAGCCUGCUGAGAUCACUAUCACUUGUGGUACAAACAAAAAAACUUUCACUGGCAGUCCAGGUGUUAAUCGUUUCUCAAUCAGCAUGGUACCAGGCAAUAGUCCAUAUUUUAGUGUUUCUCGACAAGGUAAAGAGAUGGCCUCGAAAACUGGACCUUUAAUUGAGAAGAGUACUAAUGUUUAUAACUUUAAUGCAUAUACUGGCACGUUAUUUUUUUAA